ACUUUCCUACACAGCAGCAGUGUGGACUCUACCUCCUCCUCAUGAUCUGGACUUUGGGGAUCUAAACUGGUCCAAGAUGACUUCACGAAUCGCUCCCUGGUUUCUGGUUCUAUUCCUCCUCCACUCGGGACGGUCCCUAUUGCAGUAUGAUGACAUGACCUCCUAUCAUCAGUUGGACCUGACAGAGCUCAUUGGAGUCCCAUUGCCCCCCUCCGUGUCCUUUGUGACUGGUUUUGAGGGGUAUCCCGCCUACAGUUUUGGACCCGGUGCCAACGUGGGCAGACUCACCAAAUCCUUCAUCCCGGAUCCAUUUUACUACAACUUCGCCAUCACCGUCACCGCCAAACCAACCACGAGAGCGGGAGGAGUGCUGUUCGCGAUCACAAAUGCUUAUCAGAAAGUGGUGCAGCUGGGCAUCUCUCUGUCUGAGGUGGAGGAUGGUGCUCAGAGGGUGGUGCUGUUCUACACCGACUCCCGCUCCAGUACGACUCAGGAGGCUGCGUCCUUUAAGAUGGGGGAUAUGACGGGCCGCUGGGCACGCUUCACCAUCACCGUACAGGGAGCACAGGUGCGGUUGUUCAUGGACUGUGAGGAAUACCAUCGCGUGGACUUUUUACGGAGCGAUCAGCCACUCACGUUUGAGGCCAGCUCUGGGAUCUUUGUCGGGAAUGCCGGAGGGACUGGUCUGCCCAGAUUUGUAGGAUCCAUCCAACAGUUACUCCUCAAGUCUGAUCCCACGGCCCCAGACGACCAGUGUGAGGAGGACGACCCUUAUGCGUCUGGUUUUGGCAGCGGAGACGACUCUUACGACGAUUUGGAGGGAACAGACGAAGUGAAGAAGACUGUAGAAGAGAGAGAAUACACAGAGUCCUUCCCAGAUCUAGAGGCCCACAGCACACCUGUCCCAGCUCCUCCCACUGAGAUGUCUAGAGGAGAGGACGACGAAGACACGUUUAUAGAGGGGACAUCAGGACAGGAGCAGGACAUUACACACAGCACAGUUUCACCUCAGAGAACCCCUCCAGCCCCCACCCCAAACACUUUGGUGCAGACUUCCACAUCUCCACGACUAAAAGGGGAGAGAGGAGACCAAGGCCCCCCUGGACCCCCAGGACCCCCUGGACUCCCGGGACCCUCCUCAGAUGGGUUGGGUUCUGGAGCCAGUCCUGGACCUAGAGGACCACAGGGGCCAGAGGGAGUCCCAGGACCCACCGGAGCACCAGGGAGAGAUGGACUGCCUGGAAGUAAAGGAGAAAAUGGUCACGUGGGACCAGAGGGACAUCCAGGAUUCCCAGGGCUGCAGGGAGAGCCCGGGCUUAAAGGGGAAAAGGGAGAUCCAGGGGUGGGAUUGCCUGGUCCACCGGGGCCUCCUGGACCUUCAGGACGAGCGACGUUUGGGGAGGGCUCAGGAUUUGAUGACUUUGACACUGAUGCCGAGAUUGUGCGAGGCCCUCCAGGACCCCCCGGUCUCCCAGGACAGCCUGGACCUCCGGGUCCCUCCUCGGACACUCUGGUGCCUGGACCUCCAGGCAGAGAUGGAGAGAAGGGAGAACCAGGACUGCCUGGAUCGGACGGUAAAGAUGGUGAACCAGGAUCUGCUGGAGAGAAGGGAGACAAGGGUGAGCCAGGUUUAAUUGGGCAGCCGGGACCAAAGGGAGAGCAGGGCCCUGCAGGCUUCCCCGGUACCCCAGGAUCAGAGGGUGCUGAGGGGCAGCCAGGUCCCAGAGGUCCCCCUGGCCCACCCGGACCUCCAGGACCUCCAGGACGGGGAUAUCCACUGGACUUUGAGGACAUGGAGGAAGAGGUGCAAAGUGGGUUUGGACCGACGCUGGCCAGAAGUCCACAGGGUCAGGCUGGCAUCCCUGGACCUCCUGGACCGAGGGGAAAUGAUGGUGCAGAUGGUGCUCCGGGAAAACCAGGUUCAAAGGGAGAGCCAGGUGUUAUUGGAAGACCAGGAUUCCCAGGACUGGAGGGAGAAAAGGGGGAACAGGGGCCCAGAGGGGACAAAGGUGAUCCAGGACAAAAGGGAGAGGCAGGACGUGAUGCAGUGGGUUUACCCGGACCACCAGGACCUCCUGGAGCUCCAGGUCAAAUCAUCAACAUCCAAGAAUUUCUGAAUGACACAGACGGUGCCUUCAAUUUCUCAGGGAUUUUGGACACUCUUGGAUCAACUGGGCCACAGGGGCCAAAAGGUGACAUGGGGUUACCAGGGGUUCAAGGCCCUCCAGGACUUAAGGGUGAUCGAGGAGAACCAGGGUUUAUCAUGGCUGCCAAUGGGACCAUGAUUUCAGCUGUUGCAGGACCAAUGGGACCUCAAGGAGCAAAGGGAGAUAUUGGUGUAAAUGGACCACCCGGACCACAAGGACCUAUUGGACCACCAGGACUAAAGGGAGAGUUUGGUUUCCCAGGACGACCUGGUCGCCCAGGACUGAAUGGACAGAAAGGAGACAGAGGAGACUCUAUUGGGCAGCCAGGACCCCCCGGCCCUCCAGGUCCACCAGGCCGACCAGGGAUGUUCAACUGCCCCAAAGGAACAGUGUUCCCCAUCCCUCCCAGACCCCACUGCAAAAUGCCUCUUAAUCCAGACGGGACAAUAGCAGCAGGUAAUUGUAAAAAUGGAACAAAAGGAGAAAAGGGAGAGAGAGGACCUCCUGGAUUGCCUUCACCAGACUUCUUCACGAGAGGCUGGGGCAAUGAUGGUCGUAAAGGAGAAAAAGGCGACAAAGGAGAGUCUGGGAUCAAGGGACAUCCUGGUUUUCCAGGGCAACCUGGGCCUGUGGGUCCUAAAGGAGACUCUCUGAUGGGACCCCCAGGACCUCCUGGAGCCCCUGGUUCCCCUGGAUAUGGCCGACCUGGACCCCCCGGCCCCCCUGGACCCCCGGGACCCACCACCAGCUCCAGAUAUGGAACAGUGAGCAUUGCGGGGCCCCCAGGACCUCCUGGACCUCCAGGACCACCAGGACAAGGAGCAUCUAUGAAGGUGUUUUCGAGUCGUGAGACUAUGAUGCAGCACACUUUCAGAGACGCAGAGGGGACCAUGGCCUUUGUGUCCACCACUGCCAGUCUUUAUAUCAAAGUGUCUCAGGGAUGGAAGGAGAUACAGCUUGGCAGUCUGAUCUACCUCUCAAACAACAUCAUUCCACAAGAUGAGCCGAGUAACGCAGUGGCGUAUCAGAUACGGGGACCCACGAUGGAGCGAGUACGGUCAACUAAAGACAGAUUGAACCUGGUGGCUCUAAACCAGCCUCACUCAGGCCUGAUGUUGGGUUUGGACUCUGCAGACAAGUUGUGCUAUGACCAGGCCAAAGCCAUGGGCCUUUCUCCAAACUACAGAGCCUUUAUCUCCUCACACAGACACGAUCUGCUCCAUGUGGUCUACCCCGGGUUCAGGGACAGGCUCCCCAUCACCAACCUCAGGGGAGAUAUUUUAUUCAGAAGUUGGAGGUCCAUAUUCAGCGGUGACGGAGCUCCGAUCAACACCAGGAUACCCAUCUACUCCUUUGACGGACGGGACGUUUUAGCUGACCCCUUCUGGCCUCAGAAGCACAUAUGGCACGGCUCGACCAGUAGGGGGUAUCGUGUCCUGGACAAAUACUGCGAGAACUGGGGCGUGGAUCAUGUCUCCGUGAUGGGGCAGUCCUCCAGUCUCUCCUCGGGUCUCCUACUGGGACAACAGACACGGAGCUGCUCCAACCAAUACAUAGUGCUUUGUAUAGAGACUCACAAGACACAUUAAAACCCAAACAUAGUGCUUUGUAGGGAUGCACCGAUGCAGCUUUUCCCGCACCAAUACUGAUUUAUUUCCUUUAACAUUAAAUGAAAUAAGACAACACUGAUCCAGAUGUGUUAUGUAGCAGUUAUUUAUCUCUCAAGUAACUACACAACAGCUUUGUAUGCAAAAGUUCAAACAUUAUGAGACUUUCUGGGCCAAAUUGGUGCAUCCCUAAUAAAAACCAAUGCAUAGUGCUUUGUAUAAAGACUCACACGGCCCAUUAAAACCAAUGUGACCCACCACUCCACUGAAGCACCCCCUAGAGCCAGACGACCCAAACUACAACACAAAAACUCAGAAAAAUAUCAAAAACUGUUGUUGGAAAUGGAUGUUACUGUUCAAGAUGAAUGUUUAUUUAUUUCAGCCUCGCACUGUGUAACUUUUCUGGUGGAUGUUCUACCAUCUGCUUGCGUCCUAGAUGUUAAUGAUAAGUUGGGACUGUUUCACAGUAUGGCAUUACCAGUCUAGUAUUUAUUCAGCUAUAGGGGUGAAUGCACUGAAAAGCAUGUGUUGUUACUUUGUGUGGGGUUGACUCUCCACAGAUCAGACCUGUAACUUGACGUUCUGGUGUUAACUGCUUAUCUCUAUGUAUAGGUUUAAUGUCAUAAUGUGGAACAUCCCGGGUGAAACAAUUACAUCUUUAUGGAAAAAAUCAGGCGGCGGACUCUUCACCAGGAGUGUUACAUAGUGUCCCUUUAACAAAGAGUGGUCUCGUUACACUUUGCCAUGACAACACAAAAGCCAAAAUAUUCAAGAAAAGGUGCUAGUUGUUAUAAAUAUAUUGUAAAUUAUUUCUUUAGGGUAAACUUUAUAUACAGAUGGCCAACUUUUGAACCAUGCAGUUACGUGUAUAUGUUGUAUAAUUUCUGUUUUACUAUGUGAACAGUUUAACUAUAACAUUUGUUCUCUGAGUCCUUUUCUCUUCAUUGAUAGUGGGUCUGAUGGAGGAAAAUAGACAAUAUAAUAUAUAUUCAAAAGCUCAGAAAUAAGAGUUAUUUGAAUGCAUUUGUGUUAAACUCAUUUUUCUAUCUGGCAACCAAAGAUGGCGGAAUAAGUCCAGUGACGUGCGGUGAGGUUCAUGGCUGGUGAGGCACCGAUGUCAUCACAGUUAGAUUUACAAACAUGUAAACCAGGUGUCGGCAAGUAAAUUUGGCCCCCGGACCAAUUUCUCUCCCAGUAAAUGACUUUAGGCCAGAAUAAAAAAGAAUAUCAAAAUAAAAGUUCCAAAGUCCAUAUGAAAUAGCUCUAAUAGUAUGAAAUAAAAAGCAAGCUAGUUUUGUAUUGCCAGCCUUUUUGUGUGUAGCUCUGUUUGAAAAGAGCGAGUCCUGUUUGUCUGGAACAAACCCUUUAGCUCCGGUGUUGCUCUUCCUGUAAUUGUAACCUCCUACUUGGACCGAAAGUCCAGUUUAGAAAACAGCUUGAGCUUUAAUAUAUAAUCUUCUUCCAUUUAAAAAGUAGGGCAAGACAAGAAGAAAACAGUGAACUGAUUGCUAAACUUGACUUGCUAACUCUAAAUUGCAGCUUGUUGUCAUUAUUCUGCUGCUCCAGGGUUUGCAAGAAUCCCUGGGCUCAUGAGCGCCCCCUGCCAUGAGGCCAGGUGACUACGUGCCUCACCCGGUGCCUUUUCACAGUCACUUAAAGCAGCAGCUGUCACUGCUGAGCCCAGCACAGUCAGUCCAGGUGAGGCACGAACGGCUGGCGCCUCUCCGCACGUCUGUUCUUAGUAUUUGAACGAUAAAAGUAAAAAUUCUGUGAUUUUGAAUUUAAAAAAUUGAAAAUAACUUUAUAGUACAAAUCAUUGAAUAAAUAUCACCAUUUCAUUUAUUUUUUCUCUGUGAUGAGCCUCACCUGACUCCCCUGACUCCAUGUCACUGAAUAAGUAUAUGUUGCAACUGAAUAUGAAACUGUUAUAAAUUCCUAAAAAUAUUUUUGGUAUAAGUAAGUACAUAUACUUGUCUUUUUCAUCUUUAUGUGCAGUUAAGUAAUUUAGUUUUAAAGAUGUCUUAUGUGACUUUUUUGUUGAAGUCUUUUGUUGAGUCUGACAGAUGCCGUUGUUUUGCCAAACCCUAACCCUAAAGUGAUAACACAGUACGGCAUUAUUUUAAUCUGCAUUAAACUUAUCCAGAGCCUUGAAUACAAGCAGGUAAGCUCUGUGGAGAGGCGACGCCACUUCACAGUUUGUUUCAACAAAUUUUUUACCAAUAAACACCUGUAAUAAUAAUGCAAGAGAGAUAUGUUUAAUGCUAUACUGUGGAACAACCCAGGCAUAACAAAGCAUUUCCAUGGAGAUAAGCAAGAGACCCAUCCCUACCAGAAAAGUCACAUAGUGCACCUUUAAAAGUGUCAUUUUUACCUAAAUGGUAAAUCCCUUGUUAAACAGAUAUGGCACAUAUUGUAAACAGGUGGAGGUUGGUAAAAACUGUAGCAACACUAAUAAUUGGUCACAAAAAACUCAAAAUUAUUAUAAAAACAUGUUAAUUUUCAUUCAACUUUAAUUUUAUUUUUAAGAAAAAUCCCCCACCUAAUGUUUUCCAGGGCAUUCUGACAACAGGCAUUUAGGCUUUGAGCUUUUUUUUGUAUGUUUGUGUUUACAGGUUGUCAUGGACUUUUGAUAUCGUAACAUAUUUAACUAAAUCAGGGUCAAAACUUCACUAGAAUCCAUUCAAUAACAAGCAGUUCUUCAACAGUGAAAGAAUAUGAGGGCUAAUAUGAAAAAAGACACUGAUACAGACACCAAUCUUUAAUAUAGAAAUACAUCCAAACUCCUCUGUAUGGGGAAGUUUACCUUGGAAUAAAGAUGCUAUUCUAUAUUAUAUAAUCGCCAAACUACUAAACCAGGGCAUAUGCAGGAAGACUGAAGGUUAAUUUUAUACAUUUUAAAGACCAUUUUCAAGACACUAACAAAAAAUUUAAUUAAAUUAAAAAAUUCAUCAUCUUUUGAAUGGUGAAAAGUCCUAAAAAUGGCUCCUAUAAACAGGAAAUUGAUACCCAAUAUAACAACUGCUAAUAUUUUUAAAACCCCACAGACAACCUGAAAACACUGGUCUAAAAAUAAAAUUAAAAAAACAAAAAAAACCUGCAGAAAUCUUUUUAAAAAAAAUCAGUAUUUUUACAUAAAGAUCAAUAUUUUUUUUCUAAAUUUUGUAAGAUUUAUAUUUUGGUAUGUUCCACCAUCACUAUAGUCUCCACCGCAGUCACCCUAACAUGCACUGUACAUUGUGUUAUAGUUUCAUUUCAGAUCCACAAUUCUGCAGCUCUUUGACUCCAUAGGUUUUUAUUUAAUUUAAUUUUUCAAAACUUAUUUAAGCUGUCACAGCACAUAAGUCAAAUUAAGAAUGUAAUUUAUGUUUUGUUUUUUGUCUGUUUUUGUACAUUGUGUCGUAUGUUUGAAUAUUUUUGCCAUGAAAGUUCAAAAUUUGUGAGUAAAUUAUGUUAAAAAAAAUCAAGUUUCAAAGAGACCAAAUGGAAAGUGAAAAUUGUGUAAAGAGAUUGGUGCUUUGUUGAAUAAAGUUUGUUCUUUUCAUAAA